AGAACGAGGAAAAGAGAGGAAAGCGUAAGAUAUUUGCAGUGUUACAGAUGGAGACAUGAUAAAAACUCAUGGCUGAACGUUUUCAGCGUACUCUCUCACGCAACCGUCACGCGCUCAUUUCUCCAUUUAUCGACCUCAUCAUCUCUCUUUCUUCCCAAUUUUAAAAAAUUCCACAAUUCCCCCUUUUUUCACUCACUUUCUCUCUGAUUUUGGAGGUUUGAUCGAUGGCGUUAUAUGGAUUCUCAAUGAAUCCAUGUUUAGAAAGUGUUGAAGUACGUCACUCCAAUGCCAAUUUGUCGACAACACUGAUUAAACCUAGGUGGUCUUGGUUCAAUCGGAAGUCAACUUGUUCUUUUAGGGAAUUGACGAAACAAUUAAAGGAAGUAAGAUGUUCGUCGUUUAGGAAAACUGUUUCGCCGAUGGAAUCAGAAAGGAAUGAUUUGAUUGUUGAUACACCAGUUUCCGGUGAAGAGGAAACGGGGCAUGUUACUAGGUUCAAGAUGUCUGAUUUUAUGAUUCUUGAUCGUGUUAGCGUUGGGCUUGCAGGCCGGGCAGAUGAGGUUAUUUCUGAAGCUAUAGUGAAAAAUUCAGCCAGCCCUUUGUAUAACUCGAGAGUCGUGCUUCGACGACUUACUAGUGCUCGAGCUCAACGUAGGGGAAGGCGAGCGAUAGAGGUAUUGAACAAGCUUGUUGGUCGUAGAAUUCUCUACCAUUCAUAUUCCAUGCAAGUUUAUGGUUAUGUUUCAUCACGUAAAGGUGGUAGUCAUAGCUCAUUCACUCUGGUCCAUGGGUAUCAUGGUAGCUUUUCGUUAAGACAUUGGCUUCGGCAACCCGACUGGCUUCCAACUUUGGAAGCAACUCUUGCAUUGGAUGAAGAAUCUGUUAGGAGAGUAGGAGAUGACUCGGUUGGGGGACCUGCAGUUUCUCGUCAGUUGAGGCUUACUAGAAUAUUGCUGCGGGACCUCUUAAUUGGAGUUAAUUACUUGCACUGUCAUGGGAUUGCGCAUACAGAGUUAAGGCUGGAAAAUGUACAUAUAAGCCCAGUUGAUAGACAUAUAAAGGUAGGAAUACUAGGAAAUGCUGCUGAUUUCUAUGAGGAUGGUUCCAAUAGAAGUGCAUCGGAUAGCAACAUGGAUAGGAGACAAAUGAUGAUUGCAUUUGACAUGAGGUGUGUUGGAUUUAUGAUGGCAAAGAUGGUGCUAAGAGAACUCAUGGAUCCCGUAAUCUUUACAAAGUUCAAAACCUUCCUUAUGAAGGGAAAUGACCCCUCAUGCUUGCGUGAAUUUCUUCUGCCAAUCCUCACUCGGAACUCUGCAACUGGAAAUAUUGGACUCCAGAUACUUGAUAGAAACUGGGGUGCAGGUUGGAACCUUCUAUCAUUGUUGCUUGCAGCCAAACGUUCUAAAAGAAUAAGUUGCAUAGAUGCUCUUAGGCAUCCAUUUUUAUGUGGACCAAGAUGGCGUGUGGUCCCAUCUAUGGAUAUUAUUAGAUGGGGUCUUGGGUCAACUGCAGUGAGAAUCACAGAGGAAUAUAUCUAUCGCACAGCUCAGCGUGAUAGGCUUGCCCACUUUAUUGAAUUAAUGGAGAUGUUGAAUCCCCAUUCAAGACCAAAGAACUGGCUAGAGCUUUUGCCCGGGAAAUGGCGUCUGUUAUACUCUACAGGAAGGCACAUAGGCUUAACUCUUCGCCAACCUCCUCUCCGUGUCCUCAUUGGCGAUGCAUACCUAACAAUUGCAAGACCUUCUAAGUCAAACACACGCCUUUCUGUAACAUCUGAAAUUGGAUUCACGGCCAUGAUGGGACACGAUUGGCCCCAUAACAAAAGGGGAAUCAAGGGGAAAUUGCAAGUGAACUCUUCAUCUAGUUUAAAAGCGGGGGAGCGACUAUAUCUUAACGAUAUGGCAAUGGAAGGAUUCUCUUUGGGACAAUCAAACUCCGAGAAGUCCAUAAUCGAGAAACUAUCUAGCAGAAAAUGGAGAAAAGUGAUCCCCUUCACGGAGUUACCAUCAAGUCUUCCUGUAGCUAAGCUCCUUCUGGACAACAUCGAGGUGUCAAUGACGCUUGAUGAAACAUUGAAACAGGGCGUUGAUGUUGCAAUAAACAUUGUUCAGGAAAUCCGAACACAGAUCCCCCCUGAAAUGUUUGAAUUGACAAAUAUCGUGUGUGGUACAUAUGUCGACUCGAGGAUGCUCGUCCUCCGUGGUGUAAAUGGCUCAGCACUAAUAUUUACAAGGUCAUGUGUAAAUGAAGAGUUGUAAUUAACAACGAUAUUAAAAUUUUUUAAACUGUUUCUCUUGAUCUGAUACAGUUUAGAUAAUGUAAGAUAAAGAGAAUCCCUUGUUCAA